AUGUCGGAGCAGGGCCGGAGCGGCCGAGGGCGUUGGGCCGUCGGCCGCGUGGGAGCGGGCGACACCGCUCCAGAGGGCUACUUCGAGGAGGUGGCCGCGAUCAAGGUGGACGAGGACGCUGCCCUUUGGCGCGUCACGGCCGAUCGGACCAACCCUGCCAGGACCGUGGACAUCUGCCCGCUGGCCACCGAGGACCUCUCCGACGGUGCGGGAAGGAUGCCACGCAAGCCCAACCCCGCCAUGGAGGAGGAGCUGAAGGGCCAAAAGGUCUACCGAGAUCCGUCUUUCCGAUCGAGGACAUUUCUUCCCCUCCUGGCCGAGAAGCCCUGGGAGGCGGGGAUUCUGGGGACCACCGACAAGCUGGUCGAGGGCGUCCCGCUCUUCGGGGUCAUCCAGAAGCGCCAGAUCCGCGCCGUCUGGGACUGGAGGCGGGCCAACCUCCGCUGGCAGAGGCCCAUGCACGGGCCCCCGGGCAGCUCCGCGACCCUGACCAACCUGGACCUCUCCAAUCUCGGCGAGGCGGAAAUGGUCUACACGGGGGUGGGCGCUAUCCCCGACAGGUUCGACCGCUUCGAGACGCCGCCCGAUGUCUGGCUCUACUUUGUCUUGGAGGGGCUGCCCAUCCACGAAUUCUUCGACUACAUGAGGACCACAGGGCAGGGCUACGUCAUCCCCCAUGGCGGGUCCCUCCUGGCGGUGAAGGUCUUGGUCAUGGGCCGGCCGUGGCUCCUGCCUCUGGCCCACUCCAGGCCGAAGGCUCUCACGGCGCGCAGGCUCUGGGCGGGCUCCGGGGGUGCGCGCCUGGUCUACGGGGCCCCGACGCACCAGUUGAUCGGGCCCGUCGAGUUCGAGUCAGGGAGCUGGGCGUACAUGGACGACUACGGGGUCGUGGCCACGUACGCCAGCGGGCGGCAGCCAGUGAGCGAGGUCAUGAGGCCGACCUUACACUGUCUCGGCCGAAAUCGAUCGCACUUGUGGCCUGGCUCUGGCGGCGCUGGGGCUGGCGGUGCGGACGUGCUGGACCCCGGAGCCAUCGUGAAGCUGCGGGCGUGGGCGGCCAUCUCCCAGCGCAUGGGCCUCGCCAUCUGCGACCGGGUCUACCGCGAGAUGAGGCGCCCAGAGACCGCCAAGACGCCGUUCCGCCUUACAGACGCGGCGAGGUGGGGGCUGACGACGAUGGCCUACUGCGCCCCGCCCAGGCACACGGAUCUCGAGGCGCCUUGGUUCUCGCAAGUGUCUAUGACAGGUAUGACGGACUCCAAGGACAAGGGCCACGGGGUUGCGGUCACCGCCACCGACGCUUGGGCCCCCCACGUUGGGGGGUGUACCUACGACGUGGGCGAGCUCGCCGAGGCGUCGGCUACACCUCCGCAGCGGAUCAGCUGGAGGGUCCACCAGGCGCUCCACCUCUUCGCGGGCAGGCGCCGAGAGGGGGACCUGGAGGAGGCCAUCUACGCGCGUGCGGAGUGCGACGGCUACGAGAUCAAGGUCUGGCCCAUCGACUCGGUGAUCGAGCCGAAGCACGACCGCCCCAACGACGAGCUGGUCAGCGCGAUUCUGGGUCAGACGCGGGACGGGCACUUCCACGCAGUGAUUGCCUCGCCGCCAUGUUCCACCUGGAGUCGAGCGUGCUUCCUGAAAGAGAGGCCCAGGCCCUCGCGGACGCGCCUCGAGCCUUGGGGGCGGAGCGACAUACUACUCACAACCUUCGAGCACAUCCGCCUGGACCUUGGGUCGCGCCUCCUGCUCACGGCCAUGCAGGCGGUCCGCGAGGUCUGCCGAACUGGUGGCCUGGGCCUGACGGAUCACCCCGCGGACCCAGAGGAGGACCUGUACACGUCUAUCGGGACCCCCCCCGAGAUGGCUUGCCUCUGCGAGGAGACGGGCGGCCAGAUCUAUCAGAUCGACCAGGGCCGCUACGGAGCUUCGCCGAGGGAGUCCACCAUGAAGGGCAUCUUCGGGGUCUACGACGACGCACUGGACCUCGCCGUGGGCCGUCUCCGCCCGAGAGGCAACCACCGAGGGAGGCAUCAAGCGAUACUCGAGGGACGAGUGGAGCGGGGCCGCCCCGACAUCUGCACCGCCUCCGCCCAGGCCUGCCAGCCCCCGCGGCGCGCCGCGCGAGGGGGGGCGAUCCUCGAAGCGUUGGCCCGCAUGGCGAAGGAGAUGAGGGGCCCCGAUCCAGCGUGCUCGCGGGCAUCUCCAGCUACGACGUCCUUCGGGCCGCCGAGGCCGGGAGGGGCGGAGAUCGAGGUCCCCCCCCCGCUGUCCCCUGCUUGGAUGCCACCUGCGAGAUGGCGGCCGCUCUACGUCGGAAGGUGGAGGAGCACGGAGCACACGAACACCAACGAGAUGCGGACCGUGGUGGGCGCGCUCCGACUCCUUGCCAGAUCGCCACGGAGGCGGAUGCUGAAGGUCCUGAGCUUCACCAAAAGCAUGGUGGCCCAGGGAGCUCCAGGCGAGGGCCAUUCGAGCUCAUCAGCCCUGUUGCGCCUGGGCCACGGGCACUACCGCUACGUCCCGCCGGAGCUGAACGUCGCCGAAGGAGACGUUCCCCUGCAGAGGCGGGGGCCGCGGGCGUGGGACAACUACGAGAAGGAGACGUACCUGGGCAUCCGCGAGGGCGGCUCCACGAGGCGAUUCACCCACUCCGUGGCGGACGUCAUCGCGGCACAGUGGGCCCCGAAGGUGCGGGACAUUCUCAGCUACCGCGUCGACAAGGGUUGGGAGCUUCGGUGCAAGAGCGUCAUGGGCCACGCCCUGGCCGACUACAGGGACAUGAAGUGCUACCGAGACCGACUCCACCCCACAUGGGGGUCGAUCGUCCUGUCAGGGUGGCUGGGGAGUUGGCCUGAGCUGAGGAGCCAGCUCCCCUUGGCCUUGCGAAGCUUGAAGAGUUGUCAGAGGUUGGUCGUCCCUGUGGAGGGAGGCCCGUGGCCGGAGGAGGCCGUCUUUGCCAUCGCCGUUUACUUUCUGGAGGGGGGGCUCCUGGGCGAAGCCAUCGGGACCCUCAUGCAGUACGACGUCUACGGGCAGGAGCAGGCGACAAGGGCAAGACGGGCGUACCUGGAUGCCGAGACUCUCCGAGCUGGGGGGGCCCGCGCCAACUACAGCAAGCAGCAGAGGCGGCUGGUCGACAGCAACAAGACGAACUUGAAUCUGAAGAAGGUGAAAGAGGUCGCCACGGAGCUCGCGACAACUGGCCGCUUCGCGGCGUUGCUGCACGUCCCGCUGACUGAGACCGAGUUGUCAUAG